AUGAGCCGAACAACGCCGCGCAAGUCGCGGCAUCGCCAUCACCCGAGCAGCGGCGGUCCCCAUACAGUCCCAGCAUCUGACUACGAAUCGGAUGCGGCGCACUACAUGGAAUCUCGAGACCUUCCUCCGGCCGCGCAACUCCCCCACCGAACAAACACAGACCUCAACCUCGGCGUCCUGCGCCGCUACCUCCCGAGCAUCACAGGCAUCGUCUCCAUCGCCGCGAACGCCGUCGUGUACAACUUUUCGCCGACGUCACAGAGCUGGGACAAGACGAGCGUCGAGGGGACGCUGUUCGUGUGCGAGCAAGAGCCGCGGGUGAUAGCAGGACUCACAAUACUGCGGGCAUGCGUGUUUGUUCUCAACCGGCGCGGGCUUAACAACCUCGUCGUGGAACUCAACAAGGCGAGCGUGUGCGAGGCUUCGGACGAGCUGAUCAUGUUCAACGUGGAGAACGCGAGUGGUGUGGCGACGGAGGAAGACGGGGGAGACACACAGGUCAUCGGGAUCUGGAUCCACGCAGAUCAGGAUGACACGCGCCAGGUCAACAUGGCCGUCAUCCAAGAGGCCUGGCGCCGGGUCCGGCUGAUCGACCGAGAAGACACGGCGGCUGGAAUGUCGAACGAAGCGCUGGCAGAACAAGCAGAGCUGAACUCGAGUCGGGACAAGGUCACGGGCCGGAGACUCAGCAUCUCCGAUCUCUUCGGGCAGAAAAAAGGGAACGCUACAUACCUCCACACGCUGGUGCAGGGCCAGAUUGAGUCAAUCUCAGCUUUCCACACGUGGCUCAACAACCACGUUCCAGAAGCGCCCGGUUGUCAGGAGGUAGCUUCGGCAAUCAGGGAACACCUCGCAAGCCACAAGGCACUAGUCCUCGGCGCCGAACAGACGCUCGCUUGGCCGACUUCCAAUCCGUCGUGCUGGGGUCCAAUCCGAUGCCGCCAUGCCAGCCCUGAUGGCCCCGCCUUCUCCAUCACCGGGCCGGCGCCCGGGGAUCGCUUCGAGGUAAGUGCGGCUGGCCGUGCUGAUGCUGCUGCUUCUCUCGAGAAGUUCGUCAGUUACAUUUCCAAGAUGUCCGAGAACCUCGCUGCCGGAGAAGCCCAGAUAAGGAGGCUCAUCGACAUCAUUUCUGAGCUGGAGGAACUGCAACUCGGGUGCAGUGGCCCUCCUCAAGCCACCGUCCAAAAGCACAUCCGUCUGCUGCAGCAAUACAAUGACGUUAAGGAUAUUGGCCAGCAGCUCAUUGGGCUCAUUGCCGAGAAUAGGGGCGUGCCCGUUGGGUCGCUCUACGAAUUUGGCCAAUACGGUGUCACCCGGGAGGACUAA